CCCGCCCCACCUCCCAGAUCUCGCGGUGUCGCGGCCCGCUCCGGCUGUCGAGAAGGAAGGCGGAGCGACGCUCCUGGUUUGGUGGGAUCUUCGUCUGAGGGCUCGCUGUUAGCGUGCCUCAAAUUUCGUCCAGCCGGUGGGGAAACGCUGUCGGAGUGGGAGGGAGAGCCCUUGUCCCAAGAGGUGGAAGAGGACGAGGUUUAGGAUGGAAGAGCUUUAGAGGAACCUUUUUCCAGGAUGGCCAGGUUGGUUUUAUGUGAACCAACAGAACUUUACAACAUCUUGAAUCAGGUCACAAAACUAUCCAGAUUGACUGAAUCCAACUAUCUUUGUUUAUUGGAUGUGCGUUCCAAACGGGAGUAUGAUGAAAGCCAUGUGAUAACAGCCCAUCGAGUGAAGAAGAAGGCAAAUGAAUAUCUUAUCCCGGAGUCUGUGGAUCUGGAAUGUGUAAAGUACUGUGUAGUAUAUGAUAGCAAUACCAGCUCCCUGGAGGGAAUCCUAAAACAUGAUGAUGAUGAUGAUGAUGAUGAUGACAACUCUUACAAUAGAGGAGAAGAACUCAUGCUUGGAGCUGCCAUCAAGUGUGGCAGAGCCUUGGCCCAUCUUACCCGCCACCCCAUCUAUAUCCUGAAAGGGGGAUAUGAGUGCUUCUCAGCCAUGUACCACUUCUUCCGGACGCAGAAGAUCAUCUGGAUGCCUCAGGAACUGGAUGAAUUUCAGCCAUACCCUGUUGAAAUAGUGCCAGGCAAGGUCUACCUGGGCAAUUUCAGGCAAGCCUGUGACCCUAAAAUUCAGAAGGAUUUGAAAAUCAAAGCACAUGUCAAUGUCUCCAUGGAGACAGGGCCAUUUUUUGUAGGCGACGCUGACAAGCUUCUGCAUAUCCAGAUAGAAGACUCCCUUCAAGCCAACAUUUUUCCCUUUUUGCGUCACCUCUGUCACUUCAUUGAAAUCCACCUCAAGCUUGGCUCUGUUAUCCUGGUAUUUUCUACUCUGGGCAUCAGUCGCAGCUGUGCAGCCAUCUUGGCCUAUCUUAUGCAUUGGAACGAGCAGACUUUGAAGAGGUCCUGGGACUAUGUCAAGAAGUGCAAAAACAAUAUGCGUCCAAAUCGGGCCUUGGUAGCUCAGCUGUCAGAGUGGGAGACGGUUGUUCUUGGAGACUUCAUCACAGAUGUCUCGGAUCCGCUCUACUGA